GACAUGUAUUUAAGAAAACAGAGCAAAUUUUCUAAAUCUGCAAUUAAUAAAACCCCUCCAAUAAGUAUUUUGACUGGUUAUCAUUUCAAAGGUUUGUUUGAUUCACUAGAAGAAGAAGAAAAUGGGAAAAAUUGAUGCUAAAGAUGUUUGCUUUAUCGUUUGGAAAAUUCUUAGAUUCUCAACGAAUACAAUUUUCAGAUACGUGAAGAGAUACCCAAUUGUUUCUGGUGUUUCUAUGUUUAUGAUCGUCUUGUAUACUUUUCUUCCUUCGGUUUUCUAUUUCUUGCUCUGUUCUUCUCCGUUGAUAGCUUUUGCUUCGUUUUAUAUACUGAAUCAUGAUCUGAGUUCGAAGAUUCGUGAUUUAUCGGAGGAAGAGAAGAGAACGGAUCGUGGGUUAUCUUUGGUUUCUCAAGAAGGAAGAAUAGAGAAGGGUAAGUUAAAGCACCAACAAAGUGUUCGACGAAAUGCCAGAAGGAAAGUUGAAGAGGUUGGGAAAGAUUGGGAUUCUUCUCAGGCUAGUGAGGAUGAGAGAGGUAAGGUUAUUCUGACAACUCUCUAUGGGGAAGUAUUAUCGGAGACGAUUAGUUCAGAUAUGGAGAAAUUCAAGAGAGAAAGGACGUUGCUUGUUGCAGAAGAAACCUCCUUUAACUCUGUUGUUGAGUUAGAUCCAUUGGAGAGGUUAAUAAGUGUUGAUGGUGAUGAAAGUGAAGUAGAAUGUUCAUCAUCAUCAUCAGAAGAAGAAGAAAGGGAAGAAGAAGAAGAAAGGCGCGAAGAUAUAAGCAAGGUCGUAGUACCGUGGACAGAGGAUGAUCAGAAGAAUUUGAUGGAUCUUGGGAUAUCUGAGAUUGAACGGAACAAGAGGUUAGAGAAUUUGAUUUCUAGAAGAAGAUCAAGGAGAUUUUUCUUACUUGCAGCUGAAGGAAGCUUGAUGGAUAUGGAAGUUCCUCGGAUUUGUAUUGGUCGAAACAACUUUUAUGGUUUCGAUAAAGGAAACUACGAAAUCGAUGGACUUCUCAUGCCAAGCUCUGCACCUUCUGUUUUGUUACCAAGAAGAAACCCAUUUGACCUUCCUUACGAUCCUCUGGAAGAGAAACCGAACCUGACAGGAGAUAGUUUUCAGCAAGAGUUUGCUGAGACUAACCCGAAAGAUAUCUUCUUUUGCCGCCAUGAGAGCUUCCAUCACAGGAUUUUUCCAUCAGAAUCUCAAAAAGAUUCUAAAUUAACAUCUUUGUGGAGAAAUACAGUUGAUGGUAGGCCUAAGCCACUACAAGGUAGCAGUGAUCAAGCACCUCUAAUGAAAGAAAGAGGAAAAGGAAAUGAUAUGGAGGCAGGAGAGGUACGGAUAGAGACGGAUUCCAUCAGAAACGAUGAUAGUGACUCGAACGCAUCGCUUUCUCCGCGAGAAAGAGACAAAGAUUUCAAUGCCUCGGACCAAUCAGAUGCUUCCGGAACUUUCUGCAAACGAAAUGAUCGUCUUGGAAACUCUGUUGCGGGUUUAGUGCCUAGAGGCAGUGGUUCGAGUUCACUAGCAACCGCGAGGCAAAGAUAUAUGGAGCAUUUUGGUUACAGCACAAGAAAAUAUCAUAUGGUGACACAUUCUGCUGACUCUGAUCUUCAAGUUGAGGUUUCUGAACUUGGAUCACCUCCCACUUCAGUUGAUGGGAAUGACUCUGAUUAUGAGAGAUCUCUGUUUGUUUAUGAAUCGGAGAUCGGAAAAGAAAUGGGGUUUAAUGGUGGGGAAUCUGAAGUCUUACUUGUGGGGAAAGAUGAUCAAGAUCUAAAUGAAGAAGCAAGAAAAUUGGAGUCCAUGGUUCCUCAAUCUGAUGAGGAGUUGAAGGAACUUCCUGAGAACUCAGCUGAUGAGAUAAAGAUAAGUUAUGAUUCUGUCGACGAACAUGAACCAUCCGAGAGGACUGAUCAAGAAUCUGAAGAACCUUAUGAGAGAAAUGAUGGAGAAGAAAUGCAACAACUCGCAGAAGCUGAAGCUUCUGAUGUUAAUCAUCAUGGAAACUCUGAAGAAUCUGUUACUUCUCCAAGAUCAGUGUUACCAGACAUGUUACAUCUAGACCAGACUCAUUCUGAGGUUCUGGAUCAUGCAUCAGUUGGUCAGCUGCAAAAUGUGGUUCCACCUGCUGAAUCAUCUCAUUAUCAAUUAGAUGAACGUAUUGAGACAACUGAGGAAACUACAAUAGAAACGGUUUGUUCGGAUGCCACAGGAACAUUUCAGGAGAAUCAAGAGGGCUUUGAAGUAACAUUCAAUGAUGAGUCUAAUUCUGCUGAAGACCAUAGACAGUCCAUCGAUCCAUUGACUGUAGAACUUAAAAACAAUGAAACCGAUGGAAUCAAUUGAUGAAAUGGAUUUUAUGUUUUUUGUUGUAUAAUAAAGUUUAUGUUUCAUACACAAAAGUAUAGCAGAGAAUGUAUAGGUUUCUUGUGUGUGCUUUGCUUCCUUAGAGCGCAAGGCAACGGAGGAGAUCCUCUUAAACAUGUUUGUUUUCUUCGCCUAUAUAUUUUCAUGUGCCUUGUAGAUUUUAUCUUCGGUUAGACUAAUUUCAGAUUUUUAUCUAUUCAUUGGUUAAUAACUUAAUAUAUCUUUUUCUUUAUA